AUCUGGUCUUCGUUAUGUUUUUCAGUGUCGGGUGGAGUCUACAUCCCGUCGCAUCCCUGCGGGCAAGGAGGAGGAUUUAUUUUUUCCCCUAUUAGUUUUUAAUUGAGUAUAUCUAACUGCCAAGACAUCGAAAUACUUCAGAAACAUGACGACGACAACCACCUUUCAAGGAAUGGACCCUGGUGCUAAAAGCAGUUCCAGGGUACUACGACCGCCGGGUGGGGACUCCAGCUUCUCCUUUGGCACAGAUGACAACACAACACCCCAGCGCAAGAACAAGAUGGCUUCCAGCAUCUUUGCAGAACCUGAUGACCCUCAUGCUCAUCGGAGGAACAAUCCACCUAACCUAGGCGGGGCACCUGCAGGAACCCUGUGCGGCGAGCCCUCAGCCCCACUGAGGCGGGUACAGCAGCCUCUCCUCUUCCCAAAGAACCCUCAGCCAGAACUGACCACCAUCCACAACUCUGGGGCCGCCAUGGUCUGGAACCAGAGACGAGAGGUUGAGAACGGCCAAGAACAAGGAAAUGAUGAUUGUCCUGAAGAUGUGGAGCAAGAGGAGCACGAGCAGCACGAUCAGCAGCAGCAGGAGUCGUCACAGCCCUCUGCCCCGUCGGGAGGUGCCAACGCUGCUUCGGGAGGCCGAAGAAACCCUCCCGGUGGCAAGUCCAGCCUCAUCCUGGGUUGAGACCACUCAGUUUUUCAUUUGAGCGCUAUUAUUUUUUUUUUAUUUUUUGAAGAUAAAUACCCCCCCACCACUCUCUCUCCCUCCUCAUCAACAUCUCAGCUUCUCCCCUCCUCCACCACCCCCUCCUUCACAUGCACUCAUGGCGUCACGUCCACGGACCCCCGUGUCCUCUCGCUCCACUCGCAAACCUUUUGUUUUGAUCCUUUUUUUUUUUUUUUUUUUUUUUU